AUCAGAAUCAAAGUUGCAUGGAGAUUCUACAAAAUAACACAGACGUGAAAGAAAAAGAUGGGGUAUAUUCGAUAAAUGUCAAUAAUCAGAAAAAGAGUGUGUACUGUGAUAUGACUACCGAUGGAGGGGGCUGGACGGCUAUCCAAAAACGACAGGAUGGUUCUACAGACUUUUAUAGGACUUGGGCAGAUUACAAGAGAGGAUUUGGAGACCCAUCCACAAACUACUGGAUUGGAAACGAUGCAAUCCACUAUAUGACAAAGACAAAUCAGGAACUACGAGUGGAGCUGUUGAGUUUUGCUGACGAGAAAGCGUACGCACUGUACUCCACAUUUCAGGUUGGAAACGAGAGCAGUAAAUACCAGCUAACAGUGUCGGGGUAUUCAGGAACAGCGGGAGACAGUUUGGUCUGGCACAAUGGACGUCACUUCAGUACACAUGAUGAGGAUAACGACGUUCACAUAGAUAACUGUGCGGUAGUCAGACACGGAGCCUGGUGGUACCAUAGCUGUGGUUACUCCAGCCUGAACGGUAAGUACGCCGGGUCCGCUGUGUCUGGUUACAAAUACCCGUUCUGGUAUUAUUGGAAAUCUUCUACCGCAUUAAAGGCAACAGCUAUGCUGAUACGACCCAAGAAUUAACAUCAAUAUAUACCGUGUUUGACACAUGACUGAGUCAUGUCCAGGAAUGACUUAUUUUCCAUCAGAUAUCCAUGAUGAAGAGGGAUAGUAACGGAUGGUUCAUAAAUAUCAAUAAAAUUAUCAGAAUGUUUACAAUCCAACUUCUUAUUUUAAAGCAGUGAACAAUAUCACUUUGUGUAGAAUGAUUGAGUUGUAUUCCAUUAUUAGUAUAAAUCACUGAUUGUUAAACUCUGACAAAUGAUCAACAUAUUCUAUGUACUAUAUGAUCUGUAUUAUUUUGAUCAACACAUGGAUAUUAAUUUGUGGCGUAUCAUUAAUUAUCAUGAUAAAUGCUUGUACAUAGUGUAAACAUGUAUGUCAUUAAAUAGCUUCUUAAAGAAAUAGUUUGUAUUCCAGAUAAUAAUCAUCACAAAGACAUUUUAUUUUAAUAUAUACAAAUAACCAUCAUAAAGACAUCUUAUUUUAAUACAUGCACAUAUAUUUUGAUAUAGGCACCUGUUUUACAAUGUUAACAGUAAGCUAACAUAACCCAAAUUCUGUAGAUAUACAAAACGGGUGCUAAAUUAUUUUUUUUGGGGGGGGGAUACCCCAAACAGUUUCUCUCUCAAUAGAGUCACGUGGUCAUUCAUAUCAGUCAAAUAUUACACAACAUUGGCAUUUUCCUUUUUUUUUUCCUUUAGUGACUUUACAAAUUUUGAUGGUAUACAUAUUUUUAUGAAUGUUAUGCAGUUGUGAACAAUGCGCAGAUGAAUCUUAACUUUUACAGUUAAUAUAUUGUAACGUAUGCAAGAUGUUCCAUGAUGGGAAAUUUAUCAAUUGUUCAAAAAUGUCGUCUUAUUAAUGUUCAUUUAAUAUUGUUGGGUGAUGAAUGUCUUUCUGUAGAGAAAAGUAUAAUGCUUUGUGUUAGCUUUCAGAAAGAUAUUCGUGAGACUGGUUAUUCUAAUUUUGCUCCAAGUUAAUAUUCAAGCAAUAAAUAGUUUAACAAUGUAAGCGAUAAACAGUAUCAUAGUAUCAUGUUUUGUCUUUUUUACACAUAUAAAUAUCUGAAUAGUCGCUUAUAUAUUGUAUGACAUUUAUAAUUGUAUGAUAUGUAUUUCUUAAAUAAAUCGCUUCUGUACAAGUUCAA